UACUACGUCUUCAUAACCCUACUGCAAAAAUCAUGGUGCUAUCUCUUUUCCUAAAAGAAGAAGGGAGACGACAAUGUAUUUUGUAUAGGUGCUUUAACAAUGGGGACUUACGAUGCUUAAUCGGACGUUUCAGAGACCCGUUUUUAAAAUAAGCUAAUACGAGCUGUUAUUUUAAAUUUUAACGUAAAUAGUACAAAGAUAUCGAACUUAUUUUUGCAAAGAGCGUACUAAUUUAUUUUUAUAGCCGCCUGUAACGCUAGUGAGAUCGGAGCUUGCGCGUAAAAAGGAGAAUUUAGCUUGAAUCCUGGCUAUUUAGUGUAAUAUAUUGGAGCGAGAUUGUGUUAUCGUGGAUCGUGGGUAGGUUUACGGGGAAAACAAUGAGAACCGGUGUCGUAAAGCAUUGGUAUCUGGUUAUUUGGUUGCGGGUGUAGGGACGUGUAGUGCUGCGGUAGUGAUGUGCGAGGACAAGGAAGAGGCCCGCAGUGAGGCAGAGGCGGCGGGUCCGAGCCCUCGAAGGUUGUGCUGGCCACGCCGCCCGCCCGCGCCCCUGCCUGACACCAGGGGGCUCUGCUGCGCCAAGCUGCUUCGGAAGAAUGGGAAGGCUAAAAAGGUGCUGAUGUUCCCGGAGGAGGGGUGGGCGCGCAGUGCGUCCUCCUCCUACUGGACUCUGCAGCCUUGCUGGUGGCGCCGCUCGCGCUGCAAGGUCAUCGAGGUCGCCGGUACUAAGAGGCACAGCACUCAAGCGCGGAUGGUCAUCAGCGGAGCUAAUGCGGUUUACAUUGUUGGCACCUUCAAGCAUCUUGGUACAGAUUCUGAUUUUAAGUUAUACCUGACGACGAACGUAACUCAAGCUGACUUCAACAUGGGGUAUACAAUGACAGGCACGCUGGAGCGCGGCAGCCGGGCCACUAACACCUUUCAAGUGACGCACUUCGCGGUACUCCGCCGCUGCGACCACGAGUCACAUCAUCUUAAGACAUCAUAAUUUUAACUCCUACUAAACUAACCUAAUAACGUAAACAUCAUACUAUAGUGCCACAACAUAAAUGGCUCGGUGGACAAAAGUGGAACUAAAAUAGAAUAGCUCUAAGCGCCCCCUGUCAAUGUCAAAAAACUGCCACAAGACCCUUGUUUCACUGUCUUGUCGUAUCUUAAGAGUCAUUUUCUAUGCCUAAGAACGUUUUUCGUGUUUAUGAAAGAACUAAUCUCAAUAACAGCGCCAACGAGCCAUUAUAAGUUUGUGAGAUCAUUACAAAACUCUUCAUUUUAUUGUUAAUAUACCAGGAAGUUAUGAAUCUCGAACUAUUUUCUUAUUUUCUAUACGGAAUCAGUUUACUAAUUGCAAUUUAAAAGCUACCUUUCCGAUGGUUGACCUUACGGUUGAAUUUUUAACAUAAUACUUGUAUAUUAAAAUUUCUAAUUUAAAAUGUUUGUAAUUGAUAUUAAAUUGUAAUUAAUUUUGAAAAGAUUUCAAAAUUGUGCUAGUCAUUUAGGCUAUAAAUAUUGCAAAGCGAUAAUGUGAUCUAAAAAAAUCAUUCGUAGUGGUAGUUGUAGUGUAGACUAUAAAUUCUUAGUAGAUUCCUUGUAUUCUAAACCAUGGGUAGUGUUAGAAAGUGUAACUAAUAUUUAUAAAAAGUACUAGGCGAGCAGAAUUACUUAGAGGCAACUUCACACGGUUUACGUCCCUAUGGAGCGAGCCAAAAAGAUACAAGUUCGUUGUAGCCACGCUGGGUUUACUAUGUUUACUUUUGGUUAUAGUACGAGAAAAGCCUCAUGACGUCAUAGCUGUCAAGUCUCAUAUUAUUAGACAAUUUAGUAGAUCCUUCGAAUUGGAGAUGUAUUAGUAUUUUUUAUUAAUCCCAAGUAGCUUAUUGUAGAAUUGAUAGAUAACAUUGUAAUUAUUUGUACUACGUGUUAAUUUAUAAGGGUAGGGUAAUUUAAUGUUGUAAUAAGGGAAAAAGAGUCAUAAGUACCUGCUUGAUGUAUUAAUAGGCUGGUGUUAUUCCAGUGUUACUGUAAAUUAUCGCCCGGUUUUUGUCAUGUCAAACUAAUAUUCGACUAAUACGCCUAAGGCUUUUCGUACACAAAACCAGUCACUCGCUUCGUGUUUGUCUCUUGACAUCCUGAUCUUCGUUAGAAAAGUCGAUAGGAUUUUAAAAAUGGCGUAAAUAAACAACCAUGUAGUCGCUAUACCUGAAGUGAACAACCACCAAAUACGUCGAUAAUUUAUCGCUGUGUGAGCGAAGCGCGCGCUAUGCGAUAAUAGCGAUGGAAUUAUACAAUACUAAUUUUACGUUGCUUUGUGUACGAAGGGUCUAACUGUGAGUUUUGAGGACAACAAUAUAUGGCACUAUAAGUUUAAUCAUAAAUGAAAUUGAUUGACCUUCCAGAAACCGGGUGUAAGUAGCCUAUCGUGUUAUGAAAGGAUGUUUUUAUAUUAAUUUAAUAAUGGCUGUGAGCGUGAUUGAGUUCGACGCUUCGAUGGAUAAAAUGAAUAUGAUAUAAGUAAUAAUUUAUCGACCAUGACCGCUCUUGAGCCGCGAAUACGAGCGCUUUUGAGCUUCAUAUGUUAACUUGAAUACGUUUUCUUCGAAAUCUUUUGAUUAGAUUAAUGCAUUGUCUAUUCUUUAUGGAGUUAAAUGUAACGCUGUAUUUUACCAAUUUAUUAGUAAUGUGAAAAUAAAAUAAGUGAAGAUCGAUUAACAUUUACUAUUAACCUAUUUUACUACUACUUUGUAAUACAUGUCUAAAUAUUAUCUAAAACUAACACAAACGUCCAGUAUCGCACUCCCUCCAGCGUUUAUAGACAUAUUUUGUAUAUAUCUAGGAUUAUAUACUAAGCACCUAAUCCAUACCUCAAGAUACCUAAUCCAGGCAAUGCCAGUAAAGCCUCUCAAAGGCAUCGAUUGAUUACUUCUUAAAUAUCCGCGUGAACAAACGCGCUAAUUCUGUUAGAUUUCAUAAUAUUCCAGUUUUAACACAAACGAUUGUACGUGUCAUUUAAAAUACUAAGGGUCUGUCCCACCAUAUUAUAAAUUGUCUGAUACAAUAAAACGUGUCAAAUGGUAACAUCGAAAUGUCAGUUUUGGUUUCCUUAUAUGAGAGUGACGUCAUUUUUAAGCUAUUUGAGCCUCUAUUAGCCAGUUGUGGGACAAGCCCUAAGUCUUCAUUAUUUUUUUUCCUUUUACUGAACAUGGUAUCUGGAGGUAUAUGUUUAGAUUCCUAGAAGCUUUGUAUUUACACGCUUGUAGAUUCGACGCACCCUUUAAUUCUUUUUUGUUACUUUUUGUACUUUUUAUAACGUUAGAUUUAUUGAAUAAAUUUAUAUGUAUUUUCAUUUUAAGUAAAAGUACAUUUUUAUUGAACGUAAAGUAUUGUAAGCAUCGGUUGUGAUUUAGUACAUUUUUUAGCGUAGUGUUUCAAUACUCAUUUAAGCUUCCAGUAGAUUUUUCAUCUUCGUCACUAAUGUGUGUUAGUAUGUAAUAUGUAAUAUGGGAAGAGAUCUAAAGGACGUCGCCCUAUGCGUUGGACGGACCAAAUAUGCACCACUCUCAACACAACCAUUCAUAACGCCAUACAUGUCGCAGAGAAUCGCACAGAAUGGAGAAACACCCUUCGAGAGAGAGCCAAGGAGAGUGGUCGCGACCCUCAGGAAUGAGGAAACGAUCCGGAGAGAGAGAGAGAGAUGUAAUAUGUAGUUGUGAUUUAUCAAUAGUCAAAGUUGAUGAAAUCGUCUACUAUCAGUACUAAUAACUAGACACAUUUCUAUCCUUCCAGGUGAAUUAAAAUAAAUCAGCGAUCAGCAAUCUAAAUAACUUUUAGCGACUUUAGAGUCUUCUUUUACUGUCUUUGUUUUAAUUUUUUCUUUAAUAUAUGUACCCUAAUUUAUUGUUGUAAUUAACGAAAAAGCUAUUUGAUUCAACGUUUGUUAUUAAAAAAGAAAAAAAAGAUUUUGUUUUUAAU